GUGACCCUGACCUGCCAGGGCUCGGGGACCCCCGGGGCCACCACCUGGUACAAGAACGGGCGGCCCUGGGGGCAGAAGGGACUCGACAGCGUCGUUGUCACCAAGGAAGGCUUCUACAAGUGCCGCAGAGAUGGCACCGGGUUCAGCCCCGCCGUGCUCGUGUCAGACGACCGGCUGGUGCUGCAGGUCCCGGCGGGGCCGCUGCUGGAGGGGGACAAUGUGACCCUGCGCUGCCGGGCCUGGAACAAGUUUGUCACCGAGGUGCGGUUCUACCACGAGGGGAAGGACCUGGAGGGGACGGAGCUGUCCCUGCCCCCGCUGCAGCUGCACCACGGGGGUCGGUACCACUGCGGGGGCAAGUGGUGGGGCAUCUCGCUGUCGGCGCAGGUGACAGUGACGGUGCACGAGCUCUUCCCGGUGCCGGUGCUGGAGGGUCCCUCCGAGCCCACCGAGGGGUCCCCCCUGAAUCUGAGCUGCCUCAGCCCCCCCAGCCCCCUGCGGCCCCGCGCCCGCCUCCUGCACCUCUUCUACCGGGACGGAGUGAUGGUGGGGGGCCCGCAGGGGUCCCCCCAGCUCCACGUGCCCGCCGUGGGGGUCUCGCACUCGGGGAGUUACACGUGCGAGGUGCGCUCCGGGGACGGUUCCGUGCGGAAGAGGAGCCCCCGGCUCCGCGUCGCGGUGCGCAGGAUCCCAAUCUCGGGGGUGUCCCUGUCGGCGCAGCCCCCGGGGGGGCGGGUGGCACUGGGUGACCUGCUGGCGCUGAGCUGCGCGGUGGCCGCGGGGACGGGUCCCUUGUCCUUCUCCUGGCACCGGGGGGGCUCGGCCGCGCCGCUGGGCACCGGCCCCCGCCUCGAGCUGCACGUCGGGGGCGAGGACAGCGGCCACUACCAGUGCCGGGUCACCGACGGGGACAGCGCGGCCCAGAGCCCCCCCCUGCGUGUCACCGUGCUGGUGCCCGUGGCCAAUGCCACCAUCACCCCCGUGGCCAACGCCACCCUCACCCCCGUGGCCGAUGCCACCGUCACCCCCGGCCCCCCGUCCCACCGGGUGGGCACAGGCUCCCCGGUGACCCUGCGCUGCUCGGUGCGGGCGGGCUCGGCCCCUGUGACCUUCUGGUGGCUGCGGGACGGGCGGGAGGUGGCCCGGGGUCCCCUCCUGGCGCUCGGGGACGCGGAGCCGCGACAUUCCGGCACCUACCGCUGCGUGGCCACCAACCAGCUGGACGGGCACCGCGUGUUCCGGGCGCUCAGCCCCGAGCUGGCCCUGCUGGUGACACCGCGGGGACACGGGGACACAGCAGUGGCCGCGGGGGUCGGCGGGUCCCUCCUGUUCCUGCUCCUGCUCCUGGGUGCCAUCGGGGGGUGGCACCGGUGGCACCGCCGGGCUUCCAAGAAACCCCAGGACAGGGCCCCCCCGGACCCCCAAACCCCCCCAGAGGAGGAGGGGGAGGUGCUUUACACCGACGUCGUGGUCACCGAGCGGGCGGGGGCCCCCCGGGGGUCCCCCAGUGACCCCCCCCAGGUGACCUACGCGGAGCUGCCGGGACCCCGCGGGCGCUCCCGGAACUCCAGUGACAGCUACGAGAACGUGCUGUGA